AUGUGGCUGACUUUGCGAGUUGCCCAGCAGGUAAUCUUCGAGCGAUCAUUUCCUGCACCGCAAGGUCGCAUCAUCUACAAGAACUUCAUGCUUUAUCUCUUGGCAAGCUUUGACUGCAGGGAAUCGCAUCACAAGGGUUCCGAGGUUCACGUGGAUCAUCUGGCUAUCAUCAGAGCCAAAGUUGGUCGUCACAGCUACAAGAUACAAGGAUGCAUGUUCGCCUUCGUGGAUGACUACGGCCAUGCAACAAUGAAUGGCCACGGGGAUGACCUGAAAAGCAUCCAAAAGGGCGUUAUCGACUCCGAUAUCAUUGCUAUUCCUCAUAAUCCCCACUCUGCGUCCAGCCAUGAUGGCCGUAUAUCCCUGGACAGCUCUACGAAGUAUAUGCGAGACGCAAUUUCCUACUCUCCGCCGAAGCCCUGGGGCAAGGAUUUCAAUUCCACCCAUAAACGGUGCAAAAGGUCCGGUGACUUGGGGCUUCCUACUUUUCAGGACGGGAGCCUGACAUCAUUGGCCGACGUUGAAAAUGGGUUGCCGAGGAGCUGGCUAGUUGGCUUCAAAGACUGA